CCUCACGGCUACCGUAGUGAACGGCUAGGAACUCUCUUGAUGGUAAAUGUUUCCUACCGGACUCAUCGACUGGCGGAACAAAUAGCAUUCUGCGUGUCAAAUAGACGGCCAUGACGUCACUGGGGAGCAGCAGUUCUUCAACCACAGAGUACACUGUGAGAGUCCCCAAAAACACCAGCAAGAAGUACAACAUAAUGGCUUUCAAUGCAGGAGACAAAGUAAAUUGUUCUGCCUGGACACAGGCUCGUAUGGAGAGAGACAUGAGCGCUCGGCGGAUAUACGGGGAGGAGGAGACGCCUGAAAGUGGUGCGGGCAGUGAGUUUGGCAAAAAACAGCGUGAGGAAGCACGACGGAAGAAGUUUGGUAUUGUGACCCGUGAGUUCAAAGCUGAGGACCAGCCUUGGAUCCUGAAGGUCAAUGGCAAAGCUGGCAAAAGGUUCAAAGGGGUAAAGAAGGGUGGCGUCACAGAAAAUGCUUCCUACUACAUUUUCACACAGUGUCCUGAUGGGGCGUUUGAAGCCUUUCCUGUUCAUGGGUGGUACAACUUUACACCACAGGCAAAACAUCGGACGUUGACUGCUGAAGAGGCUGAGGAAGAGUGGGGCAGGCGGAACAAGGUGGUAAAUCACUUCAGCAUCAUGCUUCAGAGACGUCUUCGGGAGCAGGAUCGUGGCGACGAUGAAGAAGAUGAGUCAGGAAAAUCUGGGAAGAAGAAAAAGAAGGGCGGUGGGAGAGGCGGCGACCUGCUCAUUCACGAUCUGGAAGACGACCUGGAGAUGAGCAGUGAUGACAGUGACAGCAGCGUAGGAGAAGACGGUGCGAGCAAAGCAAAAACGAAGAAGGCCGCGGGGAAAUCGAAAACAAAGAAGAAGCAAAAGGGUGGUGAAAAAGACGCCCUUGAAGACAGUGAUGAUGGCGAUUACGAGGGUCUGGAAGUGGAUUAUAUGUCAGAUGAAAGCAGCCCAGAUGAAGACCAAGUUAACGAGAAACCCACCAGAGAGGAAGAGCAUCCUAAAGGAAUCGAUGAGGAAUCAGAGAGCGAGGAAGAGAGUGAAGAGGAGAAGAAGAAUGAAGAAGAAGCAAAGGAGGAGGAAGAGGAGGAGGAAGGGAAGAAAACCCCUGUUCAGGUGGAAAAGAAGAAGAAGAAAGACAGCAGCGGCGAAUCAGACAGCUCCGAUGACAGCGACAUCGAGGGAGAGACGGCCUCUGCUCUGUUCAUGAAGAAGCGAACUCCUCCUAAGCGUGCAGGCGGUCGUGGCUCUGCAGGAAGCUCUAGGACAGGAAGUCGUCCUGGCACUCCAUCAAUCGACUCCGCCUCCACCUCCAACACUCUGCGGGCUGCUGCUAGCAAGCUGGAGCAAGGGAAGAGGCAGGGAGCUGCUGCAGACUCCCCAGCUGCUAAAAGGCUAAAGAUGGAGCCCAGCACUCAGAGUCCUGUUCCCUCUGGGAAGAGCACACCCCAGCCCCCAUCAGGCAAAUCCACCCCCAGCUCAAGUGACGUCCAGCUAACGGAGGACGCGGUCCGCCGCUACCUGAUCCGUAAACCGAUGACCACGAAGGACCUGCUGAAGAAGUUCCAGACUAAACGGACGGGUCUGAGCAGUGAGCAGACGGUCAACGUGCUGGCUCAGAUUUUGAAGCGCCUCAAUCCAGAGCGCAAAAAUGUCAACGACAAAAUGCAUUUCUACCUUACAGAGUGAGCAGGUGGGUGGUGCAGCAGAGGAGGGGUGGGGUCUGGAGGGAAGUUUGAUGCAGCAGGACUUGAGCUGUGCAGAAACGCCAGCGGCUCUGAACGUAUUCUGUUCAACAUGUUGAGUUUGUUUAGUCUGAACUUUUGCUGAGUGACAGUUUAAGAGUCGAAAUAAAAAUCUUAGAGCUUCUUUCAAAAUGAAAGGAAACAUCUUUAGCUUGUUUUUCUUGAGUUGGAACUUUUAUAAUAAAAUUGAAACCCUGAAAAGUGAUUUCCUCUUGCUCUUCUGUCACAUUCAGCAUCUCUGCACAUUAAAGCAGAAAUUCUCAGAGAGCACCAUCUAGAGGUGGAAAAAUGUAUCGCAUCUUAAGCCCCUCUCCCACGCCAUGUUCGUGAACACGCACCUCUAGCCAACCAACAGCUAAAACACAUUUUUCUAAGAUUAUUCUCCUGUAAAGCUGUUUAUUCAUAUUUUUAUAUUUUAAAUACUCACCCACAAGAAAUGUUACCAACUCUGCAUCAGUCUGCAAACGCUCAGUGAUGCAGGUUAAGUACAGAUGUGACAUCUGUAUAUAAGAGGAUGCCUAAUGCUAUUGACUAAUGAGCAGUCAUCAUUUCAAAUCGCACAAGGCUCUACAGACUCUUAAAAAUUGACACAUGACCUACAUUAUCAUACAACCGGGUAAGACGAUCACUUUUAUGUGUUUCUAAAGAGCCAUCCAUCAUUCCUGAAAGGGUAACACUGGAUUGCUGAAUUCAAGUAAAAUGAAAAUAAAUGAGCAUUGAAAAAACA